UACGGGGGCUCCAAGCCGCUCUUCUAAGCCCUCUGUUCUCGUCAACCCGCCGGUGAGACGUGAGAACCUCCCUCUAAACCCUAACGACCCUCUCCACAGAUACCUCACGCAAUGUCUCAUCGCACCGAACACAAAGAAGAAGAAGAAGAACAAGAAAAAGAUGACCUCUCCGGGAGCGAAGACGACAACGAUUUGGACGAGGACAUGGAAGCCCUGAGGCGAGCCUGCAUGCUCACCGGAAGAAACCCUAACGACCUCGACAAUCCCUCCACCUCCGCCGCCAACGGAUACUACUCCGCCGUAGCCGCCGAUUCCGACUCCGAUGACGACCUCGAAUUGGUCCGAAAUAUUCAGAACCGGUUCUCGACCUCGUCCGCUCUAUGCGAGACCAUGUCCUUGGAGCCUCUGUCUUCUCUCCCGCCCGCUGCCUCGGACGAGGACGACGAUUUCGAAACGCUCCUCGCAAUUCAGCGACGGUUUUCGGCACCCGCUACCGAUACAUUGAAACAUGCAAUUGGGGGUUCGUUAAAGAAACCUGAGCAGGUUCAUGCCUCUCGUCUAUCCUUGGAGAAGGAAACUAGCAGUACUUUGUUUGUAAAUAGAGCCAAUUCUUGUGAAGGGUUUACAGAUGCUGAAGAUUUUUGUAACACCCGUUCAUUGGGUGACAAUGGGGGGAUUCAGCCUUCUGGUUUCUUUGAGAGCCAUCAGUCAGAUUCUUGUAAGUCAUCUAUGUUGCCACGUAAGAAGUCUUGCUUCCCAAAGUCUGCACUUUUGCUACUUGAUGCCAUUAAGAAGAAUAGGUCCAGUCAGAAGUUCUUCCGAAGCAAGUUGAUUCAGUUAGAAGCGAGAAUUGAGGAAAACAAAAAGCUGAAGGAGCAUGCUAAAAUCCUAAAAGACUUCCGGACUUCUUGCAGAAAAAUAACUGGGCGAGCAUUAUCCCAGAAAAAGGAUCCUCGUGUCCAGUUAAUUUCAGCAAAAGAAACGUUGGCUUCUAAGGAUUCAAAGGCUAAUGAUAAAAGGCUUUCUCCCAUGUGUUAUGGUCCAGCAGAGAACUCUCGUGUUGCUAAUUAUAGAAUGUCAAUUACUAACUUUCCGCUUUCCUUAGAAAGGAAGAAAUGGUCAAAGGUAGAAACGGAAAAUCUUGAAAAGGGAAUAAUGCAACAAUUUCAAGCAAUGGUGCUUCAAAUUUCAAGAAAUCGUGCCUUGAAAUGUACAGCAAUCUUAAGUGGUUCAGAGAAUUCUUCUGAAGAUUCAAAUGAUUUGGAUAAGAUCCUCGCAUCAACUAAAGAUCUUGAAGUUCCCCCAGAAAUGAUUGGGGAGUUUCUACCCAAGGUUAAUUGGGAGCAAUUGGCUUCCAUGUAUUUUGUUGGUCGCUCUGGUGCUGAAUGUCAAGCAAGGUGGUUGAACUGUGAAGAUCCCUUAAUCAACCACAAUCCUUGGAUGGCUAAAGAGGACAAGAAUCUUUUGUUACUUGUCCAAGAGAAAGGAAUCAAUAACUGGUUUGAUAUUGCUGUAUCACUGGGGACAAACAGGACCCCAUUUCAGUGCUUGGCACGUUAUCAGAGGAGUUUAAAUGCUUCUAUGCUAAAAACUGAGUGGACUAAGGAUGAGGAUGCUCAACUUCGCGCGGCUGUAGAGGUUUUUGGUGAGAACGAUUGGCAGUCUGUAGCUUCUGCUUUGGAAAGACGGACUGGUAACCAAUGCUCUAACAGGUGGAAAAAAUCACUUCACCCAACCAGGGAAAGAGUGGGGAAGUGGGUUGCAGAUGAAGACAAACGCCUCAAAGUAGCUGUGAUGCUUUUUGGGCCGAAAAAUUGGAAUAAGAUAGCUCAAUUCGUGCCUGGUCGAACUCAAGCGCAAUGUAGAGAAAGGUGGGUCAAUAGUUUAGAUCCUUCGUUGAAUUGGGAUGAGUGGACUGAAGAAGAGGAUUCCAGGUUGAAAGCAGCUAUAGCGGAACAUGGUCAUUGCUGGGCUAAAGUUGCUGCUUGUGUGCCUCCACGUACAGAUAAUCAGUGCCGAAGGAGAUGGAAGAAGUUGCUUCCACAUGAAGUGCCCUUGCUUCAAGAGGCCAGAAGAAUACAGAAAGCUGCUCUUAUAUCCAACUUUGUAGAUCGGGAGUCAGAACGUCCUUCCCUUUGUCAGAGUGACUUUCUUCCAUUACCACUUAUUAGUUCAGUAUCCGAAACAGAAAAUGUAAAUCCUUGCAGUAAAAGGAAGGGAGGAUUAAGAGAAAGGGCAGCAUCCAAGAAAGAGUCGAAUGCAGCUUCUUGCAAUGUUCCAAGGAAGAUCAGAUCGAAGGAGUGUGAACAACAAUCUCAAGCUUCUUCUGGUACUAUAAAGAAGAAAAAGUAUCCUAAACCACAUUCAAGGAGAAAGAAAUGUACCGAACCAGUUGCGAACAACCCGAGUCUUCUGUUGCCCCCAGAAAGUUUUGAAUCAGGGACAACUAAUGGUGAUUGUAUAGAGGCUGCUAUUGAUAAUGCUUCAUAUAUGGGGAGAAACCAGAAUUCAACAUGGUCUUCUGGAAAGUUAAUGUUGUCAGGAAUUACUAAUGAUACUGAACAUCCUGUUGAUCAUAUGUCUUGUCUGGAUUCGACAUUGUUAUGUAUAACCAAUGGUGAAGUGGUUGAUUCACCAAAUGGACAUGUUUGUACAGGGGAGAAGAGAGCUAAACUACAGUCGAAAAGGAAAAAAUGUAUAGAGUUAGCCGAGGAUAGCCACAGUUUCUCACCGCAUCCUGAAAGUUUGAAGCUCAGGAAAACUGAUGGUGAAGAUGUUGGAAGCGGCUUUCUGGAUAAGGAAAAUAGAGUUUUAAAGAUGCAAAAAAGAAGGAAAAGAGGAAAAAAACCAUCGGGGGAAGGCCACAAUGUAUCUGUUCCUUGCCAACAAGAUGGCCUUGAAAUCUCAACAUGUGGGAACAUUUCUUCUAAGCAGAUUUUAGGAACUGGAGAUGGAAAUGAUAUUACGCUUGCUUGCUUUCUUAGCAAUAAAUCAAAGAAGAGAAGGCUCGAAUUUGCUGAAAAUGCUAAUCAGGCUUGCUCUCCAUCUAGUCUGAAAAUGGGUGCUGAUUUGGUUCCCAAUGAAGUAGAUAAACUUUGUGAUGGAAAUCAAAUCCUAUUCACACAAGGUGUGGAACCUCGGACAUGCUGUCAUGUUGAAGAUCCUGAUAAUUUGUUGCCUCGCAAGCUGCAGUCUAGUCAAUUGGAGGAUAUGCCAACUAUCAUAGAUAAUGACAGUGGGCCUGGUAGACAAGAUCUUGUCCAAGGGGAGAAUGCUGAUCCUGAAGAGAGUUACGAUAUUACACUUUCUUGCUUUCUGCGAAAGAAAUUGAAGAAGAGGUGAUAUCAAGUUGCCAAAAUGGCUAUUCAAGCUCGUUCUUCCUUUGGUUUUAAAAGAUCCAAAUCACUUACCAGAGUAAAUAAACAUCAUGAUGGAAUCUAUCCAUCAUGCAAGAUUGGAAUCUCGGACAUGCUGUAGCGGCGAAUAUUUGUCACCUUGCAACCUGCAGUCUGGUCAUUAUGAGUAUAUGCUAACCAUCAUGGCUAACUAAGCUAGAUCUGGUCCUAGGGCGGAUUGAUGCUUGACGUGAACCAGUUAGAGAAUCUGUGAACCUGGAGGGUGCACUGAGGUUUGUGAUAUUAGUCAUAUUUACUUUUGGCGAAACAAAUUGAAGAAGAGGUGACUUCAAGCCAGCGGAAGUGGUAUUCAGAUGUGCUCUCACACCCCUAUGGAGCAAAUAUCAAGGUAUGGCGUUUUGUACAAUUUACAGCAAGAAGAAUUUCCCAUAAUCCUUGGGAUUACAUAUGGAAAAGAAUAAUUGUGGUGAGUUGGUAGCUACACUGUGUAUGGUAAUGAGUAACUGCAGUGGGUUGGCUUUCCUCUGGGGAGAUGUUCUCUUGUUUGGCUGUAUGAUCAAUUAUGGUAACAGGAUCAGCUGGACUGAUAUAGAAAUGCAAUGCAUUUUCUUUUAUGUGUGGUGUGUAAAAGAUUUGGUACCUCUAGCAUUUAUCCUCUAGUUUAGCAGGCACGUCUACGUGUGGUGUGUUCUCUUUGAAUAACAUUAUUCAUAUGAAGUCCGACUGUAAGAAUCU